AUGAAUGUGCAAGUCUUGUGCAAUGAGCUGAUUGGUCUUCCAAUAGCACAAGAUGCGUCAAUUUAUUUGUUCAUUGACACCUGCCGAAGCUCCUGUGCUUUUUCUGCCAGUGCAAUGAGCAAGACAGGGCACGUGACCAACCCCAAGAGGCGCUUCCAACGAACAGUCACCGAGCUUUGGGCCUGCCUAUCAGGACAGUUGGCGCAUGACGGCCCAAAGGGUGAGCUGAGCUCGUUUGCCAGCAAUUUGAUCUUCCUGCUGAGUGGCCCAGAGUGCUCCAUCGACUGCUUCUACAAGGAACUCAACGCUGCAGUCUCCUCGGACAUGAGCAACACGUGCCCCUUUUUGCAUCAGCAGGUUGGAUUUACCCGCACUGCCUCAGAAAGGCAUGGCCUGUGGCCGAACCCAUUUCUAUCCCAUCGGGAGGGGCGAUUGGUUGGCGUUCCAGCGGCAAACGAAAGCUUCACCGGCCGGCUGGAGGAGCUGAGAACCGUUUGGAACAAAUUCCAGCCGAAUGUUGCGGGACAGUGUGCCAUCGUACAAACCAGAGCGAUCACUGGCUUAGGCGGAGUCGGCAAGACGCAGCUUGCCAAGGCCUUUGCCAUUCGCAAUCGGGAGCAAUAUGACAUCAUCCUUUGGGUCGAUGCAGAGCGCGACUUGCCCACGAGCUUCCGUGACUGUGUGUCUGCUCUGGUGGACCUGGGUCCAGAGCUCACGCCUUUGCAAGUCAAGGUCAAGCUGGAUGAUUUCCUGCGGAACCGUAGGUGGCUGAUCGUUUUCGACAACGUGGAGCAGGCGGAAGACAUCGAGCAUCACCGGCCUUCGGGCGUGGGUCAUGUGUUGAUCACCUCCCGGUACCAGUUCUGGGCUCCAGGAACCACAGUGGAACUGGGACGCCUGGCGCGGCCAGAUGCUGUGGUGCUGCUUCAUCGAAACAUCUCCGACGGCGACUUGGAGGAUGCGCGAAGGGAAGCAGAUCUCAUGUGCGAAUGGUCGCACAUGGAUCCAGAGGACCGUCAGCCUGACCCACCCGUUUUAGUCUCGCCCAAGAUUCGAGAUUGUUGGAAUCUUGCCCGUUUGCUGGAUGACUUCCCACUUGCCCUGGUCCAAGCGAGCGGCGCCAUCCGAUACUUUGAAAUGACGGUUCGCGACUAUAUAAAGGAGUACGAGGAGCAGUACAGCCAACUGCAAGAGCAAGAGGGUCAUCUCAAUGCAAUUCAGCGUGAUGGCUACAGCCGAUCUGUGCAUGCCACCUUAGAGAUCAUCUUGGCCAAGCUUUCUCAGCGCAAUGGCAACGAGCACUCUGAAAAGGUCCUAAAUGCUGUUGCUUGGCUAGACGCAGCAGUUAUCCCAGCGAGCUUGCUGCGAGAGCUGGUCGACGAGUUGUGCCGCGACUGCUCUCAGCUGGCAAAGCGCAAUGCCGUGGGCAACUUGUGGCACUGCUCCCUCCUUUCGCGGCUGAAAGCUGGCAACCACGAGGUUCAGGACUACACAGUCCACCGGGUCGUUCAGCAGUUCAUGAAGUCGCGCAUGACGAUCAAUGACCGGCACACAGCUGCGCACAGCGUGGCAUCGGUGCUUCGGCGCUUGCUUAAGCGAAGCCUGCACGCAGCGCCAGAAGUUGUCCGUUCAAAUCGACAGCUGCUUCCGCAUGUUCACGCGCUCUUCUUGGCCAGUGAAACACGGAACGUGCCCAGGCUCAUCCUUCCUUGUAUGGCCACUUGCUGUGCUGCGCGGCCGACUUCUAUGUGCACGAGCAAAGGGACAGCGAGAGCGCCAACCAUUUCCUUGAGCUUGCAAAACAGCUACCCCUCAAAGGCAAGAUCGAGCUGGCUGAGCUGGCUGUUCGAUUUGAGGCGCUGCGCAGCGUGUAUUGCGAAGUGCUGGUGCAAGACAUUGAGGGUGCUGAGAAACAUUUGGCGACGGCGAAGAAGCUUUGUCCGCCGGGUUCGCAGCUUCAAGCCGAGCUACGGCACCUGGCAGGCAAUCUGA